CUUUUUACUCUACCUUUCUUCCCUCCCACCCUCUCUUCUCCCAUUUUGUUUUCUUGACACUGACUCUUGUUCUACCAACAUCCCUUUCUUGGCCACAUUUUUCUAGCUGCCACUGCCAACCAUUCACAAAAAAAAAUUCAAUUUUUAACAAAUUUUGAAUCGGUGUAACAUCUGUGUAUUGCUAUAGGUUCUAGGUUCUGAUUUCGGAAUUAGUAACUAGAGUUUCUACUUCUAGAGCAAUCUCUCUCUUGGACAUUUUCGGUUUCGGUACAAGGAUUUGGCACCCUAGUUGUGAAAUUUGAGCAAUAUCAGCUUCUGGUAUUUGCUUCAAGGGAUCAAGUUUCGUUCAUUUUCAUAUGGUUUUGGGAAUUUAAAGAAAUAAGUUGUGAGGGGGAUUGGUGGGCAUCGAUCAUAAGAUAGCGGUUUUCGAGGACAAUGAUUCUGCUAGACAACGGGUGCACGCAGUCGAAAUUUUACUCACUUCUUGAUAAGAAAUCAAUUUUUGAUAAAAAUUUUUACUUCUGGAUUUUCCACAUCUUUAAUAGAUACAUUUUGGGAACUUAUUAGCUAUAACUUUCUAGCCAUUCUUCAUCAUAACAUUACAUAAAUAAUCUUCCUGGCUCUCUGUUCUCAUUUUUAUUAUUUUUCAUUUAAAUUGGGAUAUUGGAGUUAUGGGAGGAGCAUCACUGCCACCAGGUUUCAGGUUCCACCCAACUGAUGAGGAAUUAGUUGGAUAUUACCUUCAUAGAAAGGUGGAGGGGCUCGAAUUUGAGCUUGAAGUUAUUCCGGUGAUCGAUUUGUACAAAUUCGAUCCCUGGGAGUUGCCAGAAAAAUCCUUCCUCCCAAGACGUGACAUGGAAUGGUUCUUCUUCUGUCCUAGGGAUCGAAAGUAUCCAAACGGUUCAAGAACAAAUAGAGCUACUAAGGCAGGCUACUGGAAGGCCACUGGAAAAGACCGCAAGGUUGUUUGUCAAUCUGAUGUGACUGGGUAUCGCAAGACCCUUGUGUUCUAUCGUGGACGUGCUCCUCUAGGAGAUAGAACAGACUGGAUCAUGCAUGAGUACCGCCUCACCGAUGAUCUUGCUCCGGGGCCAUCAGGUCAUCAGGGAGUUUUUGCUUUGUGCCGUGUUGUUAAAAAGAAUGAGCAUGCACAGAAGACGCAUGAUUCCCAUGAAGGGCCAAAGGCCAAGGGGUUUGGAAGCGCUUUGAGCAAUAAGGAGGAUAUGACCUCAAUAAGAAUCUCAACCGACCCCUUAAGCAUCUCUGCAGAUAUAUUACAUUCGAAUUGCCUGAAUAACGAAAGUCAUUAUUCAAGCCGCGCUACUUCUCCAUAUGAAAUUAAUCCAAUGGCAGAGUUUGAGCCAGCUUUGGGAGAGACCAACUGUGCAGACUUUUGGGUCUCACCUGAUUUAAUUCUUGAUUCUUCUAAGGACUACCCACAGUUACAAGAAGCUAUGCCUGAUUACUUUCAGCAGUACGAGUUUCCAAGCACAAUGAUGCUGUUGCAGUCAUAUGAACCCAGAGAAUCACCUAGCUCAUCAUACUCAAAUUUCACAGGGGACCUUGAAAUGGCCGAUGAUGUGCAUCAAAUAGGUGGCAUGUCACCAUUCUCUGGACACACAGACUACGUGGGUUACUAUGGGAAUGAGGAAAUGCAAUUUGAAGGGUCUGAAACACGGGAUAGGCAAGCUCUAAUUUGCAGGGAAGUGAGUGCAGAUGGAAGUUUGGGGGAAUUAGGAGGACUUUGGUUACAGGAAGACAAUAUGGUCAUUGUGAUGUAGGGGUCGGCCCGGUGCAGGAUUGAUCAACCCGGUACAAUGUAUUGUGUCAUCCACAGUCGAUAUCCAAGACAACGCCUUUUAAUGUUGGUUCUUGGUAGUAUAAGAUAACUAUGAUCACUCGUCUUUUACAUAUAACGAGUGGCUUGUUUUCUUUUCAGGAGUAGCAUGUGUCCUUCAUCUGUUGUUUGGAGUUGUUUUAGAAGCCACUUCUGAACUUCCUACUUUGUUUUACUUUGCAAUCUGUUAGUUUCUCCGAGUGAAUCACUUUUAUCGAUUGCACUUGGUGUUGGUUUUUCUAUUUACUUGUAUGGUUUUAAAAAGUCUUAUUGUUAAAUAUGUAUGCUACCUUGUGGUUAUUAUCUAUACAGUGUAUUUUCCAUGCCUUGUGCAUGUAUGUGGAAGCAUCUUUUAUUUAUUUGAUUCCUUUUAUAUGAUACUAGAACUUAUGAACUUGUUAUA